AAUAGUGUGCUGUGUGUUUUGAUUGGUCCACAUCAUCAACAGAAAAGACAGACAUGGACGGCAAGCUGACAGUCGUGUUAUUCACUGCGUUGUGCAUUAUUUUUAAUGCAGUUUUGGGUGAAAACGUAAAAGGUUCUGUGCAACUCAAUUCUGGAGUAUUUGACAAGAUAGUUGGAAAGCACAAGGUUGUGCUGGUGAAAUUUGACGAGACCUACCCAUAUGGUGAUAAACAGGAUGCAUUCAAGAAAGUGGCUGAAGCAUGUGCCAGUCAAGAAGACCUUCUGAUAGCUGAAGUGCAUGUUGCAGAUUAUGGUGAUAAAGAGAAUGUGGACCUAGCUGAGAGAUACAGCAUUCCAAUCAAGAAGGAAGACCACCCCACCUACCUGCUGUUCCUACAGGGACAAGAGAAACCUAUCAGAUAUGACGGAGAUGAGAAGGAUGCUGAUGAUAUUAAAAAGUUCAUUAUGAAAGAAUCUGGCCUUUGGAUUGGAUUGCCAGCAUGUUUGGAGAAGUAUGAUGAGCUUGUAAAGCAGUUUUUCAAAGCUACAGCAGCUGGCAAGCAAGAAUUGGUGUCAAAAGCUGAGGGUCUUGAAAGCACGCUGUCAAAGGAAUGGGAGAAGCUGUCUGCAGAGAUGUAUGUGAAGACUAUGCAAAAGGUCAUAGAGAAGGGAGAUGACUUUGUAGAUUCUGAAAUUGACCGUCUAGAAAAGUUGCGUUCGGGGAAACUAAGCGAUAAAAAGAAAGAGCAGUUAAGCGACAGGUUGAAUAUUCUGUCUACCUUCAGUGUUGCCAAGCUCCAAGCAAAGAAGAAGGUUGAAUUGUAAUGAUUCAAGGUGGUUUAUUUGUAUCUCAUGUUGUAAUCGAUCAAUAUUUGAUAAUAUGUAAUUAAAAAAUAUGUAGUUUGGGAAUGGAAACAGUAAACAGAGUUUAUUAAUUCUUGAUAAAGCAUUUUUAGACCAUUAAUUGUUAUUUGUCAACCAUAUCCAUUUCUUUUCAUGCCCCCGGUAGGGUGGCAUAUAGCAGUUGAACUGUCCAUCAGACCGUCUGUCUAUCAGUCUGUGCGUCUGUCCGAAAACUUUAACAUUAGCCAUAACUUUUGCAAUAUUGAAGAUAGCAACUUGAUAUUUGGCAUGCAUGUGUAUCUCAUGAAGCUGCACAUUUUGAGUGGUGAAAGGUCAAGGUCAUCCUUUAAGGUCAAAAGUAAAAAAGUACAAUCCAAGGGAAGUAAUAAGCUUAAAAAGGGAGAUAAUUUCUAAACCUGCCAAAUGAUUUAUUGAAAUUUUAUUUCAAAGAGGCGCAAUAGGGUACAUUGUGUUUCUGACAAACACAUCUCUUGUUCAACCCAAAGUUUGAACCAUUUUGUAUUUGUAUUUGAAUUUUUCAUACAACCUGAGAAGUAAUGCAUAGAUGAUACCUUUAAUUGUUAACAUUUUGAAUGUUUUUAAGGACUUCAGAUUGAGUUCACCUAUAAAUAUUUUAUUGAUAUAAAAUAAAUGGCAACAAAAAACAAAAUUGCAUAUAUCAUAUUUCAUAUCAGUUUCAGGUCUUGUUCUUUGAAACAUUUUGUGCCAUAAUGUACAUUCUUGACAUUGUUUUUAUUGAGUACAUGGAAGUUAUGUAAGUAAGAAAUGAUCAUGCAAGUAAUUGCAAAUAUAUCACUGAAAGACAUAUAAGUCCGUCUAUUUGAAUAACUUAAAAAAUAAAACACCAGAUAUGUGUUCAAUUUGGUAUUCUACACAUUUGACCAAUAAAAAUUACAUUUUUAUCUAUUUUACAAUAUAUUUGUUGCAUCUGUUUAUGUAUUGUUUGUCAAAGUAGUGUGCAGAUUUAUUUGUGUGAGGCUUCAACAUAGUUUUUGCAAUAUGCAUAAUGUCUAUCUUACUGUUAUAGGCAAAUAAUGCUCAAAAAUAGUUACGACCUACUGUUAGCUUUUUGUACAGACAACUGUGUAGUAAUUGGUACCCACUUCAUUAUGAAAAGUAUUUGUUAAAGAAAUCAAAGAAAUCAUAAAUACAUGCGUAUCUUAUUUAUAUUUAUUCUUAUAUAUUUUUUAACAAUUUGUACAAAAUAUAAAAAUAUGUUUAAAUUUGUGAUUCAUUGAUGUACCCUAGUACAAUAUAUUGGUACUUUCUUUCGUUUUGACAAGAAACCAUGAAACAGAGACACAUGAUUCUCUUUUUGAUAACAAAUGUAUUUAUGUUGUGUUUGUUUUCGGUUGAAAUUAUGGUAAUUUAUUAUUUGGUAAUAACAAAUUACAUUCCAAGGGCCAACACUAACCUUCUACAUUAUAGAUGUGUACAUUGUGUGUAUGUAUGUAAAAUAUACAUAGUAGACCAAUGCCAACUGUGUUUCAAGUAAUAUAAGAUACAAUUUAAUGAUUCCCUUGAAUAUCACACAUUUAGCAAUAAAUGAUUUUAUGAAAAAGAA